AUGGCGCUGGUGCCUAAACCACUGCACCUCCCUCCACCUCAGGUGCCGACUCCAGUUGGGCGCUGUUUCCUGGCUAAGACAAAACCACCAUGGGCUCAGAAAACCAGCAGUACGUUGUGGAGGACGAAAUCGCUGCCUUCUUUCUCCAAGACGUCGAUCCCCCGCGCAAGUUGCGAUGCAUUAGCCAGGGAGCUCGUUGACGGUGACCAAGUCGUUCCAGUCGCAGUGCAGGGAGCCUGCUCGUACACGGUAUACGCUGGACCAAACCUUGGCCACAUCGUUCAGUUUCGCCUCAAGACUCUCGGGCUGAAGGUGGAGACCGCGGCUCUUGCCCGACAGGUCUUCAACACCUUAGCGCCAGACGUAUCGUUCAAGCAACAGCUCGGCGAAGACUGCACGACACCUAGGCGGGAGCCUCUACUCGUCUACGUCAUGGCUCAAAACUCACCCGAGAGGAAAGCCUGUCGUAAGAACCCGAUGCAGGAUGUUGCAAGAUUCUUUGCUCUUGCCUGGAAGACGCCGCAGGAGGUUGGCCGGACCGAUUGCGAUUGCAUGGCUGAGAUCUUCCAGAAAGAGCUUCAGAUGCUGCUCAUCGCGCUGCCCGACCAGCUUCACCGGCACGCCGACGUGUCCAUGGCGUCAUUCAGCUACGACGCUGAGAGAAGAGAGUUCAUCUCAUACGAUACGCCGCGCUCCGUUCGGCAAAAGAUCUCCUACCUGAAAGAGAAAGGACUCGCGGGAUCCAUGUUCUGGGAAGCGAGCGGCGAUAGGGCGGAUGAAAACAGUUUGAUCUCUAUGAGUUCUGAACUCUUGGGCCCAUUCACGGGUCAGGCUCAGAAUCAACUUGACUACCCCAACAGCCAAUACGAAAAUAUCAGAGCAGGAAUGGAGUGA